AUGAAGAGCAGCGGCAGCAGCUACGCAGCGAACGCAGCUAUUGUUUACCGCGCAUCUGAGCAGCAGCGGACACUUGGCAGCAAGUGGUUGACUUUCAGCAGCAGCAGCAGCAGCAGCAGCAGCAGCAAGGCUGCUUGCGGAAGGCAUUCAGCAGCUAGUGGUGCUGCCACUCCGAAGCAGCAGCUGCAGGAUAGUAUGAAGGCUGAGCACUACAUGAGUGCCGCCGCAGCUCCUUCUUUGUUGCAUGCGGUGCAGCAACACAGUCAGCAGCAGCAGCAGCAGCUUCUGCAGCAGGAGCACCAAAUGUGGGAUUCCUCGCUGCUGCCGCCGCAGCUGCUGCCGCCGCAGCUGCUGCCGCCGCAGCUGCUGCAGCAGCAGCUGCAGCAGCAGCAGCAGCAGCCGCAGCUGGGGCAGCGGCGCUUCUCCUUCGCUCCCGGCGGAUUAGACGUUUAUUAUUAUAUUCCAGUUCGCCGCGCUUCAGACGGCAUAGUGGGGACAGCAGCGCAGCAGCAGCUGCAUCAGCAGCUGCUGCAGCAGCAGCUGCAUCAGCAGCUGCUGCAGCAGCAGCAGCAGCAGCAGCAGCAGCAGCAAGGUGGCAUGCAUGUGAGGGUGCAGAAGCAGGGAAACUGCUUCACGUGGCUUCCAGCUGAAGGUCACUUCUACUCUCCUCUAGAGUCGCUUAGGCAGCAGCAGGAGAUACAGCAGCAGCUGCAGCAGCAGCUGAAGCAGCAAAUAGAGAAACAGAUGGAGAGGGACAAGCUAGAGCAGCAGAAGCGAAAUCUGCAGCUGCAGUGGAAGCUGCAGCAGCAACUGAAGCAGCAGCAGCGAGAGCAGCAGCAGCAGCAACAAGCCCUGCUGCUAAGUCAGCUGCGACAGAAAGAGCUCCGAAGCUUUCACAUAUACUCUGACGGAGUAGGCGAGGUGCCGCAGCUUCCUCAGCAGCAGCAGCAGCAGAAGCAGCAGCAGCAGCAGGAACAGCAGCGUUGUCCGCAGCAGCCGACGCAUAUUGAUGGGCUGUGCGAGGCGAACCGCGCCGCUGCUGCUGCUGCUGCUGCUGCUGCUGCUGCUACGCUUGAUGAUGACGACGGCUGCAGCACCAGCAGAAGGUCCUCAGACACAGGGCCUUGCUGCGGCAUAGGGGCAGCCCUCCCAGCUUUCCUUCAGCAGAAGCUGCAGCAGCAGCAGCAGAAGCAGCAGCAGCAGCAGCAGCAGCAGCAGCAGCAGCGGCAGCAGCCAAACGUGCUGCUGCACAUUGCAGAGUGGCCGGUGAAGCCGCCCGAGGCGAGCCCAGACCCGACUGUGGAGCUGCUGCGGCAGAAGGUGGAGCGGCAGGAGCAGCUGGUGCAGCAGCAAGAAGUGCAGCAGCAGCUGCUGCGCCGCCAAGUUGAGGCACUGCAGCAAAGGGCACGCCUGGAAGCUCAUCAUUUGGAGAAGCUGCUGCAGCAGCAGCCAGUUGCGGGCCCUGAGGAGGAGCCUGCGCUGGACGUUUCGACUCCCGAGAGCCAGCAGCGGGAGCAGCAGCAGCAGCAGGAGAAGCAGCAGAAGGCGCAGCAGCAGCAAGUGCAGCAGCAGCAGCUGCAGCAGCAGCUGCAGCAGCAGCUGCAGCAGCAGCUCCAGCAGCAACGGAAACUGGAGCAGGAGCUGCAGCAGAAGCAGCAGCUGCAAAACAACGUGCAUGCUGCACGCGGAAGCACAACUAAUGCGUCCCAGAUCAUCGCAAGUGGCCCUCCGCAAAGCCUUCAAGAAACUUUCCCAGUAGAAAUUUACCACCUGGACCGCGAAGAGUCCCCGGGGGGCCCCCGGGGGGCCCCCGGGGCCCCUGGGGUUGGGGGGCCCCCCGGGCGGCAGCCAACUUGCGACAUUUUCGACUUGUCAGAAGACAUGGGAGUGCUGCCGCUGCAGUCUGCUGCUGUUGCUGCUGCUGCUGACGACUGGCUGCUGCUCACUGGCUGCGGCAGCGGCGCUGCGGGGCAGCCCCAGUACCCCACAGAGGCGCAGCUGCACGGCUCUGCGAAUUCGCACACAGACACAGAGACGGACACAGCAGCAGCAGCAGCAGCAGCAGCAGCAGCAGCAGCCUCCAACACUUCCCCUUCAUCAUUACAGGAAAGCCCGGAGGAGGACUUGAGCCCGCAGGACACUGUGAGGAGACUGUCAGGACGCGGCUCAUUCG